GACAGAUGGUUGAUUGACAGUCUGACUGUCUGACAGUACUUUACUUACCGUCUGAGACUAAACAAGUUUUAUAGUUACUUUAGUUUUCUUGUGAUAUCGUUAAUAAUUCCUUAGAUGGUAUCAAAAUGAGUUUACACAAAGCAAGAAUAAAGGCAUUUGAAGAAGUUUUGGAAGGAGAUGUAGUUGAUAUUGAUAAGUUGAGAAAAUUAGCAUUUAAUGAUGAAAUAAUAGUAUCUCCGGGAGGCCCCACCGAUCACCCUUUGAACAUCAGUCCUGACAGCUCUUGGAGUACCUACUUUAAGGACAAUGAAGUGCUGUUACAGAUUGACAAGGAUGUCCGGCGGUUGUGCCCUGAUAUAUCGUUUUUUCAAUCUGCUACCGAAUUUCCAUGCGAGGAAAUAGUCAACAGCAAUGGUGUUAAGAGAUUGCAUAAGAGAGUUGAACAGUCGGUCCUGAAAUUUUCAACCUUAGAAAGACGAGGGCUUGGUGUGGCUAAGUUGAGCAAUGAAAUCCGUCGCUCGGACAGCACCCAGAGCGGAGACUACGCACCGCUGAACGAGGGCUGCGAGGCGCACUGGGAGGUAGUCGAACGAAUGCUGUUCCUAUAUGCCAAGUUGAACCCUGGCCAGGGCUAUGUGCAAGGAAUGAACGAAAUUAUCGGCCCAAUUUACCAUACAUUUGCCAUUGACCCCGACAAAGAAUUUAGAAAACAUGCUGAGGCUGAUUGCUUCUUUUGCUUCACUAACUUAAUGGCGGAGAUACGCGACUUCUUUAUACGCACCCUGGACGAGUCUUCCAGCGGCAUCAACUAUGUAAUGGGUAGGCUCAGUGAUUGCUUAAAGAAGACUGAUCCUGCUGUUUGGAACUUGUUGGAAAUACAAGAACUAAGACCACAAUAUUAUAGUUUCCGGUGGUUGACACUGUUGCUCUCUCAAGAAUUCUCACUACCAGAUGUUGAGCGCAUUUGGGACUCCAUGUUUGCAGAUGAGAAGAGAUUUGACUUCCUAAUUUUUAUCUGCUGUGCCAUGAUUUUGUUGGUCAGAAACGACUUGCUCAGUGGAGACUUUGCGUCCAAUGUCAAAUUACUUCAAAACUUUCCUCCGAUGGAUGUAUCUCUGAUCUUAAACAAAGCCGUAGAAAUAUCCAAGUUUCGGUAAAUUACAUUCUUUUAGUUAUUUCUUAACGACUUUUGAUAUUUAAACGUUUUUAAUCUAGAAUAUAUACAUAUGCAUUUACAUCUUUGGCGUUCUUAUUGUCAAAAAGACAUUUGGAUGUACCUUUUGGAUCUAUCGAAUAUUUUUUUAUUUAUUGUGUAAAAUGUUGUAUAAUAAGGCCUAUUGUUCGUUGUAAACCAAUUUACUCCCGCAUUACUAUCAAUCAAUUACUAGAAUAAGUACAAUAAUAUUAUUUAUGUAGCUAUAGUUUUAAAUAUAAAUAUAGUAAGCUUUGUAAUGAGAUGUAAAGAGUUAUGAAUCGUAGUGAUGAUCGUAACAAUACCUAUUUAACAAAGAGAGAUGGAGAUGUCGAUGUUGGCAUUUUGUCUCGAAAAUGCAUUUACGUACUGAUUAUAUCUCAUUGCAAAACAUAUUUCAAUUGCAAUUUAAAUUGUUUGCCAUAAUUGUAGUUACCCCAUCUACUUACAGUGUUCACUACAUAUAAUUAUUCGUCAAUUCCAUAUUUCUGGUGUAUCCAUACAGUAGUCGUGUAAACAUGUUAGAGCUUUACUUAUAUUUUUUCUGGAUGCCUAAAUGUGAUAAUCGUGAAAAUAUUGGAAAGCUAAAAACGUACCUAAUGUAAGGUUCUUUAAGAUUAAUAUAGUUUAAGAUACUUUAUACUUGUAACCUAUAAGCCUGUAUACUAUGCGAGAGCUACCGAUGGAAGUCCAAUGCAGCGCACACUUUUGGGCCUAUAUAUUUCACCAGGUCACCAUGGUGGCACAGCCAGUUGUCGCUACCAACAAAAUGAAUUGGUUGCGUAACGUACGGUCGAGUGUACUACCAGUUCGUCUGCAAGUAGGUACAGAUUUUACUGGCUGGUUACCACAAAUUACUAUACCGCUGUAUUGUGUCUUACUUGCUCGGCCACCAGUGACGCUACAACUCUGUUUUUCUACGUACGCACAGCAAUAGCGCAAUUUCUACGAGAUCUUGUAUUGUCCCAGUGUGGUGUGGCGAUUCUGGUGUCUAGCCUGGUAGUUACGGACACCAAAUUGGCGCGACAGGUUUCGCCGCCAUGGUGUCCCAUUAAAGUAUAGCCUUUACUAUAUGUUUCCUCGACCCCCUGGUUAUGGCUAAUCUCAAGUAUUUGCUAUGUCGUCCUUUAUAAGGUGAUUAAUAAUCAUUUAAAGAGAUCUGUAGUUUUGUCGACCCGAUUGGCAAACUGUUCGUUUUAUCUUCGCAAAUACUGCUUAAAAAUAAUUAUCGGAAUCGGUCUAGCCGUUUACGCGUGAUGCCAUAACCAAUGGAAAUGGGGAUUCAGUUUUGUACAUACAUAUAGAUUAGAUAGGUAUGUACUAUUCCUAAAAUUUCUCAUGCUUUGACAACCCUUAAAAUAUACUCAAUGAUAAUAUGUCAGUUCGAUUAAUCAAUUUUAGUGAGUAGAUAAAUAAUAAUAUAUGAUAUUAAAGUAAUUUUAAUGAAAUUGUUAGUAAAAUAAUGAGCACCUACAAUAACUUCCAAACGAGCUCUUCGUGUAACCAAUUCGUAUACGUACUUUUUAUGUGUAUAUUUUCAAAGAUUUUAGUAAGGUUAAUUCGGACUCCUCUAUUAUAAAAUUGCAUCUCCAAUAUGCAGUACUGAUAUGGCUUAUAGGUAUGAUAAAAAUUGGAGUUUGUAUUUCAUGAUAUUGUAUAUUAAUGGGCGUAGAUAAGAGUAGGUAUUUUUAUGUGUGUAGGAAUAGACGUUAAACGUAAAUAUUCUGAUAAUAAAUACAUAUAGCCAUGUAUAUAUUUGUUGAAACGCGUAGGUAAUGUUUAACAAUACUACUUGAUCUGAUUGUGACGCGUAUUCGUUCUUUUUUUCUUCAUUCUUUCAUUCUUUGUUCCCCAUAUUGCAAAGCUUAAGAGUGAAGGAAAUUAUUGGUUUGGUCUAGUAUUUUAAUUUGCCGUAAGCUACCAACUUAUUAGAAUCCAUUCGUCAAUACCCCUCCCUACCCUUCCCGCUUUUGAUGGGCGGAGAAUAAAUACUUGAAUAUUAAUCCAAAAUAGACUCGGCUUAUCAGAUUUUUAUUUGCCAAUUGUUAUUUGAUCCAGGCAUUCUCGCAAUAACUCCCGCCGAUGAUAAUAUAUUGUGAAAUAGUACAUUCGACUCAUUUGUUAUCAUGUCAAUUUAUAUUUCAUGCCCUUUUUUUACUUUUGGGGGGAGAAUUAGUCAAUUGGCUCUCUCUCCCCGAGUGGGACAGGAGUGGGUGUCGGACUUUUACUGACUAAAACUCACUCCGAUCCUUCUCCUGCUCCAGGCUUCCCCGGCUGAAGAGGUGUUGAUGUUAGUCUAUCAUUUUGCUCUUAACACUCCAAUUCUUUAUUAAGUUUUAGUAAGUAAUCGUGGUUUUUAUCACCAAGCGUUCAAUGUUACUAAGUAAUCGCAAUGACGACAAGUAAUACAUAUCUAAACAAAUACUUUUACCACAGGAUUAAGGAUUUAAAGUGUAAUGAAUUGCAAUCGUAGUUUUCUAAUCCUAUCGUAUUUUAUAUAUUUUAACUAUAUGCGGACACUUGCUUAUUGCUGUUUAUACUCAGUAAGGGACGCCAGGUAUUAAGAAGAAGGUAUCCCUGUACAUUAGAAUUCAUACAUUCAGUUAUAUGGCGAAACUAAUUAAAUCGAAUCGAAUACGAUUCCACAAAAUAAUGAUGCAUUUUCCCUUAGUAUGAUGAAAAUAAAAAAGUAGUUAUUGUCACUAUCCGACACAAAAUAGUACGACACAACCAUGACACCUAUCGCUGUGAAUUGAAUCAAAUACUUCAGAUUUUUAUGUUUAUCCAAUUUUGUAAAAUUAAAUGAGCAUAGUAAUACAUGUAUUUGGCAUUUGAUUUACCUUACCCUUCCUCCAUUU